GCCAAUGGGCGUGAGAUAAUUUCGCGACUGAUGGCGUCGCCGGCGCGGGUUCUUCCUUUUCGGAUAUGCUGGGUUUUCUUUUCGCUCGUCAGGCAGGUGUAGAUGACCCGCUGAGGCUCCGACGGGCGGAGGCUACGAGGAGGGUAUUAAGCUUGGAGUUAAAUAAGAACAAAGAUGUUGAAAGAAUUCACGGAAGUGGAAUUAAUACCUUGGAUAUUGAACCUGUUGAAAAUCGAUAUAUGUUAUCAGGUGGUUCUGAUGGUACUAUCGUAUUGUAUGACCUUGAGAACUUUAGCAGAAUGCCAUGCUAUACCUGUAAAGUGAUUUGUUCUGUGGGAAGGAACCAUCCUGGUGUUCAUAAAUACAGCGUAGAGACUGUUCAGUGGUAUCCUCAUGAUACUGGCAUGUUUACCUCAAGUUCAUUUGAUAAAACACUGAAAAUAUGGGAUACAAAUACUUUACAGCCUGCUGAUGAAUUUCAUUUUGAUGAGACAGUAUAUAGCCAUCAUAUGUCUCCUGUUGCUACAAGACAUUGCUUAAUUGCAGUUGGUACCAAAAGCUCCAAAGUACAACUUUGUGACUUCAAGUCUGGAUCUUGUUCUCACAUUCUGCAGGGUCAUACUCAAGAAAUUCUAGCAGUAUCUUGGUCACCCCGUUAUGAAUUUAUUUUAGCAACUGGAAGUGCUGACAGUAGAGUAAAAUUGUGGGAUGUAAGGAGAGCAUCUGCCUGUCUACUCACUCUUGAUCAACAUAAUGGGGAGAAGUCAAAAGCAGCUUCUGAAGCAAUAAAUACUGCCCAUAACGGAAGAGUCAAUGGCUUAUGUUUUACCAGUGAUGGGCUUUACCUUUUGACAAUUGGUACAGAUGAUCGCAUGAGACUCUGGAAUAGUUCAACUGGAGAGAACACACUGGUAAAUUAUGGGAAGGUGAGCAAUGAAAGUAAAAAAGGACUCAGGUUUACUGUAUCACAUGGCUGCAGUUCUGAAUUUGCAUUUGUGCCGUGCGAUAGCACUGUUGCUGUUUACACAAUUUAUUCAGGAGACCUAAUAACUACACUUAGGGGACAUUACAGUUCAGUUGACUGCUGUGUCUUUCAACCUAAUUUUCAGGAACUUUAUAGCAGUGGCAGAGAUGGCAAUAUUCUUGCCUGGGUGCCAUAUUUGAGGGAACCAGAACCUGAUGAUACUCAUUCUGAAAAGUUGCCUUCUAAGCAGUGCUUAAAUUCUGCAUAUGAAGAUGCAUGGAGCAGCAGUGAUAGUGAGGCUGGAUGAAUUCUUAAAUGACUAUUAACAUAAAGAUGAUAAAUAAUCACGCCAAUAGACGUGACUAUCAGGACCAGAUGCAGCUAUGGCUUUCAGGUUCUUAACAUAAGAUUUCAUGAAUAAUUUCCUUUUUUCUCUUUUGUCAUUGGCAAAUUUUACCCAACCAACAUGUUUACAUUUUCAUUUACAAUGAAGUAAGAAUGCAUUUCUUUGUAUGCAUUUGCUCUCUUCUGUAAAAAUACAAUCAACCUGCUCAUAUUUUGUUCUUCAUUGAUACCCAAUGUACCCAUUGGGUUACAUUGAUACCCAUUCAUAUGACAAAAUCUUUGUCUUAGAAUUUCUUAUAAAGAGUUGCACUUUGUAUAGGUGUAAUAUUUUCAUGGUUGGAAAAAUAGGAUAUGAAUAAAAGCUGAACAUCUUUAAGACUCAAUUAAUUGUCAAAUUAAGAAUGACAAAAAUAUAUAAGAAAUUGCUUAUAAAAAUGUAACUAUUUGCCUCUCUCUUAAGAGCAAUCCAAUAAAUCCACUUGGUCUCCAA